ACCCUGAAAAGAAUAAAAGAUUUUAAAAAAUGUUUUAAAAAUAGGUGGAGCCAUGCUCUUCUCUCAGCGACGUUCUUCCUGAUUGUUAAUCAUAAAUACGCUACAGCAUAGGGCGACACGCACUGGUUAAUGGCUUGAUACGGUUCUUCGAUAGGAGUUUCUUAUGUCACAAAGGUUGAUAAAGGAGAAAAUUACAAAACUUGGAAGGGGCUAAAUACAGAAACAGCCUUAAAGACAGAAAGUGAGACUGAAAUCUGUAUGAAACCGGUGUCAAUUUGAAACUGAAACCUUUUCCUCAAUAAUCGAAUUGAGCGUUCCUUUGACCGUCUUUCGAAAUCAAGAGCUAUGAACAUCGGUUAUUUAAGGAUCUCAUGCAUUACUCUUUGGCACAGAGACAAAGACGUAUUAGAAACCCAUAGCAUGGCUCACUCAAAACGCAGCGAUUGUCAGUGUAGCCUGGCUUACAAAGAUCCAACAUUAAACUUGAAACCCCAGAAGCCUCGAACAGUCUUCACAUUCGAGCAGUUAAGAAAGCUAGAAUGCGUUUUCAAAGACACGAGUUAUCCAGGACUGGAGAAGCGGCAGUCGCUUGCAGAGGAGCUUGAUCUUCCUGACGAGCGGAUUAGAGUUUGGUUUCAGAAUCGAAGAGCCAAGGAGAAAAGACUGCGAGAGGAAACUCUGGCAAUGAGCGUAGAUUCGCAGAAGAGAAAAGGUAUGCCGAAUGUGCAUCAAAUGCAGGGUGAUCUUCAGCCACUCGAUAUCCCAGCAUUCUUUGCGCAAUUUGCUAAUAUGCAGCCUGUUCAGGAAUCCAACACAGAGAAGCUAUUGUGUUCGCCCCAAUCAUUGCAUUCACACGCAUCCCAGUUUUUGCAGUUUGCAAAUAUGCCUCCAUUCUGGCCACCUUUACAUUUGGGUCAAUCAACAGCAACGGAUGCAGAGUGUAGCUGCGAUGCCGAACUUUCACCGAGGUCUGAAGAAAAACUUGUCUUGUCGUUAUUAAAGAAAGCCAGAGCCAAAGAAAAGGGAAAAGGCAAUAAAAGUUCAGCAACGAGUGAUCAACACAGAAAUCGUCAACGGACAUGCAGAUAAGAGAUCGUCAUUAUUAAAGCAAAAAGAUGAAAAACAUACAGAACUUUGACUAGGUCAUGCCAAAGAAAAUGUAAUGACAAAAAAAUAAACUAUAAGCCAAUUUUCAUAAUUUUGGCAAAGAGAGAUUUUGGCAAUCGUUGGUUGCUAAUGAAAGAAUAACCUUUGUUCAUGAAAUAAGAUGAAAUAAAAUAGAAUAUAAACAUCGAAUACUGGUACAAAUUUUGUGACAAAUAAGGACUGGAAAAGCUUUGUAAUGUUCUUUAUAAAUUUUGUGAAUAGUGUGCAGACGUAUUUCAUGACUUCGUAUGAAAUAAGGAGAAUUCUUAAACACGAAAAUAAUGAUAGCCAAUGUAUGGCUUGUGUUAUCAAAAUUUUAGCAAUUUUUUACAGAAAAUGUAAAAUUUUAGAGACAUUUGGAGGUAUGCUAUGUAUUGGAGUGUGUAUUUGUGAAAAAAUAAUCAAAACUUGUAGUUUGUUUUUGUUUUGGGUGAACCUAGCAACCAUACAUGGUGAAAAACAACCAAAAAUAGGGAUGGUAGUCAGCCUGCAAAAGUCAUAUGGUUCUGUAGAUUUAAAAGACAUUUAAAUAUUCAUUAUCAAAAAGAAGAGCUUACGUAUCAAUUUACGUUUAUAACAUUGUGUGUUUAACGGUGCUAUGUAUAAAAAAGACAGGUCAGUCAAACCUGAGUACCAAAGUAUACUGUCUUAAAAAAUCUAUGGACCAGAUAUUCUGGAAGAAUAGUAUAAAAUACAUUCAACAUGCAAAAUCAGUUUGAUAUAGGGCAAUAAAAGACUUCACGUUUGCUAACAGAUAGCUGUAAUUCUGGCCUUGUCCAAAAGGUCAUGAACCAAGACCAAAUUACAGAGGUUUGAUGGGGCAAGAGCCUGUGCUAAUGUGGCAAUAUUUCAGGUAAUUUGUAACGUAUCCAACUGGUUCUGUAUAUUUACAGUAUUUAAUAAUGCUUUUUGGGAUGUAUGGUCAAAAUUGAAAAAUUCUAAAAAUAGAUGUUUGUGACGUCAACUCUUCGGUACUCUUUUAGAUAAUGGGCUAUGCUCGAAACGUCGUUUACAAGUACGUUAAUUGUCCUAAGUACAAUUUCACUUAA